AUCACGGCGCAGUACUUGACAGUUUAUGGGAGAAUAUUUAUGAAUUAUUACAGAGCAUUUAUGUUAUGCUACGGGUUGUAGCUAUGGUCUUAGCUAUUUCCAAUAAAUGAAUCCGUUGAUAUUCAGUCUUAAGCUCCUGUAUUAACCAUGUUGGCCGCUGCUUCAUCGAGGUUUAUCAUUUCAAAUCUUCAAUCGUCUUUUAAUCGGACACAGAAUCUGUCACAAACAGCAUGCAAGAAUACAGUUAUUGUGGAGCGCUGGUGGAAGGUUCCUUUGUCAAAGGAGGGAAAGCCACCCAGACUCCAUCCACGGCGACACAGAGUCUACCGCUUGGUUGAAGAUACAAAACACAAAACACUCGAAAAAAUGGAGCUCAUCCUCACUCAGACAGUUCCCAAGCUUGGUGGACGAGGGGACACAGUUUUUGUGAAGAAAUCAUUAGGCCGCAACACUUUACUUCCCCAAGGCCUGGCUGUAUACCCUUCACAAGAAAACAAAGACAUGUUUGCAGAGGAAAGAAGGCUACUGCGUGAAGGAAGACCAGAGGAUAGAGUGCAGACACGCACGGGACAGCUGACUGUUGAAUUCCUGAAGAAGACACAGCUUGAAGUUGCCAUGCACACUUCCAUUCAGUACUCACUCUCAAAAGAGAUUGUUUGCAGACAGUUUCUUAGACGGCUUGGUGUGGUUGUGCCUACAUAUGCUUUAACUCUUCCAGAAGAACCAAUCACAGGACCAGGAGAGUACUGGUGUGAUGUUACAGUGAAUGGAGUGGACACAGUCAGUGUUCCCAUGUCUGUGGUGCCGUUUGUGGAGCCUAGCCAACGGAGGCUUAUGAAGAAAAAGGAAGAUGAACAGCAAUCAGAUUCAGAAUAGGGGUUCCUUGCAACAGAGGAUGUGUUGAAGGAAACAACUUGAAAACAAACUCCCAAGGAAUUUGUCUAUAUAAAUAAAAGUAUUUCUUUAAUUUCCUCCUAUGAUAUCUGCUUUUAGUUCUUUUGGCUUAUUUCACUUGACUUUUAAAAAUUCAAAACAUAUUUGAAUAAAUUAAUCUUCAUAAAGCUAUGCAUAUGCACAGUAUGAACAUGGCACUAAUGUGUUAGUCAAUUUUGAAAAGUUUUCCAUCUUUGCAUCUCAUUGCAAAAUGGAUGCAAUUCAGAUCAACUUUUCGGUCUACUGAAUAUGGUUACAACUUUUUUUUUUUUUUUAAAUGUGUCACUCCUGAUGCAAACCUCUCUUAUGGAUUCACAAUAAAUCUUUUGUUAGCUCUUU